GGGGCCGGGCCGGGCGGCGCUGGCAGCGGGGCCGGGGCGGACAUGAGGACCGAGAUCUCCACGGCGGCCGCGUUCGUGACCCGCCUCCUGCGGGCCGCCGGCGGGGUCGGCGAGGAGCAGCUGCGGUGCUUCCGCGAGUGCCUGCAGGAGGCGAUGCGCGAGCACUACAAGCACCACUGGUUCCCCCUGGUGCCCUCCAAGGGCUCCGGCUACCGCUGCAUCAGGAUCAACCAUAAGAUGGACCCCUUGAUAGGAAAGGCGGCGGGGAUGAUCGGACUGAGCCACGAGAGGCUCUUCCAGCUCUUACCCAGCGAAUUAACGCUGUGGGUCGACCCCUUCGAAGUGUCCUAUCGCAUAGGUGAGGAUGGGUCUAUCUGUGUGCUGUACGAAAGCCCCCAGCCUGGGGGGAAGGCGGCCAAACAGCUGGAGAGCAGGACCAGCUGCAAGGAGGAGUGGAGGAUUGGCAGAUCCAGCCCUUCCAAGAGUUACAACAUGAUGACGGUUUCUAGUUAAAAACAACUCUUUCCUGUACGAUGUUGUAUGUAUCCCAACCUCGUGGUAAAGUUAGAUGUAACUGAGCUUUUUUUUGUUUUUUAUUUUUUUUUCACCCUAUAGUCAUUAAAGUCGUGGUAGUACUGCCAAGUUCUUUGUGGCCAAGGGCUAAAUGUAUAAAGCAGUUCCUUACCUGCAUGUUCCUUUCUGGGCUGUGUCCUGUAAAUGCACUGUACAGUUGGUGGAUUGUUUUACACAUUUAUAUUUUCGAACAAGUUCUGCGUAUUUGUAAUAAAAAGCAAUAUUGUAGCACUCUUUAUGAUGGGUUUUAGUCAAAAUUAGUACUUGCUAAAAAACAAUCUGCAAUUUGCAGAGCAAUAACACAAAGGGGGGGUGGGAAACAGAUCUAACAAACGGCACAUAAAUCUUUCCAGUGAUUUGUCUGCACAGACUUCUCUCAGGGUCAUUCAAAUUUGACUGUGAGGUACAAAUCACAGAAAUAACUCUUUAUUUUUCCCUUUUCAAAGCAUGCAUUUAUUUGAGGGCUGGGUUCCAUCACACCCCAAUAUUUUAGCAAAAGGAAGUGGAGAAUUAGUUGUCUUGUUAUUUCUAGUUAUGGGAGUAGAAAAAUAAAGACUUGCUUAAAAUGCU